AUGCGUGUCUGUAUUAUUGAUGCAUUCCUGGACUCUGUAUAUUUGCUAUUUCAGGAAUUGGUGACAUUCAAGGAUGUGGCCGUUGACUUCACCCCAGAGGAGUGGGGGCAACUGCACCCUUCUCAGAAGGAGCUGUACAGGGACGUGAUGCUGGAGAACUACCAGAACCUGGUCUGGCUGGGGCUUGCAGUUUCCAAACCAGAUAUGAUUUACCAGUUGGAGCAAGUGGAAGGUCCUUGGGUGCCUGAGGGAGAGGUCCCAGCAGCCAGCUGUCCAGGUGAACUUGAAACCAAGCUGGCCACUUCAAAGCUGGACAUUUCUUUGGAAGUAUCAUCCCAGGAAAAAGUCUCCAGGGAUGGCUCUUGUAUCUCCAAAUUGCAAGAAGCCUUUGAAUAUGAUACCUGGCUAGAAAGCCAGCAGAACAAUGAGGAGAAACCUUAUGAAUGUAAUGAAUGUGGGAAGUCUUUCCACCAGAGCACACAACUUCCUCAGCCUCCAAAUAUUCAUACUGGAGAGAAACCUUAUGUAUGUAAAGAUUGUGGGAAAGCCUUCCGCCAUCGUCCAGCUCUUACUCAACACUGGAAGAUUCAUACUGGAGAGAAACCAUAUAUAUGUACAGAAUGUGGGAAGGCCUUCCAUCAGCGGGCAGGACUUGCUCAACAUCAGAAAACUCACACGAGAGAGAAACCUUACAUAUGUAAAGAAUGUGGGAAGGCCUUUCACCAGAGCACAGCUCUCACUCUGCAUCAGAGAGUUCAUACUGGAGAGAAGCCUUAUGAAUGUAUGGAAUGUGGGAAGGCCUUCCAUCAAAGGACAGGACUUAAUCAACAUCAGAAAAUUCAUACUGGAGAGAAAACUUACGUAUGUAAUGAAUGUGGAAAGGCCUUCCACCAGAGCCCAACUCUUACUCGACAUCGGAGGAUUCAUACUGGAGAGAAACCUCAUGUAUGUAAGGUGUGUGGGAAGGCCUUCCACCAGAGCACAGCACUUACUCAACAUCAGAGGAUCCAUACUGGAGAGAGACCUUACGAAUGUACUAAAUGUGGGAAAUCCUUCAACUGCAACUCCUACCUUAUUUCCCAUUACAGAAUUCAUAUUGAUGACAGACCAUAUGAAUGUAAGGAAUGUGGGAAGGCCUUCCGCCGGAGCACACAGCUUACUCGACAUCGGAGAAUUCAUACUGGUGAGAAGCCUUACGAAUGUGAUGAAUGUGGCAAAGCCUUCUAUCGACGGUCAGGACUUACAGGACAUCAGAAAAUCCAUACUCGAGAAAAAUCUUGUGGAAUCAAAUGAAUGUAGGAAAGCUUCCAGAACUCGGCACUUAACUUGGAUCAGAUAUUGGAGAGAAAUAUAAAUGUAACAAAUGUGAGAAUGCCUUCUGCCACAUAAUAGAAUUUAAUUGACAUCUGGGAAUUCAGACUAGACCUAAAAAGGGUAAUGUUGUGGGAAAGCCUUCCUCAGCUUACUCUGUACCAAAGGAAUUAUACUGGAAAGAAACCUUAGGAACGCAAAGCAUGUAUGAAAGAGCAUUCAUUUUGCUGAAAGAUUUAGAAUCAAACUAAAAAAGAACCCAAUAGAAAAGGGAAACUCCAAGUUGCUCCAGUAGCUUUUUCUCAUUUUCUUAAAAGGAAGACAACAAAACUAUUUAUUGACCACUGUUCACCGGUAUUUGCAAUAAACUAAAUAAUA